CGUCACGGCACGCCCCGCCUGACGUCACGGCCGCCGCCAUGGCCGCCCGCAGGGCGCUGCACUUCGUCUUCAAAGUGGGAGACCGGGCCCGCACGGCGCGGUUCUACCGGGAGCUGCUGGGCAUGGCCGUGCUGCGGCACGAGGAGUUCGAGGAGGGCUGCAAGGCCACCUGCAACGGCCCUUAUGAUGGAAAAUGGAGCAAGACCAUGGUGGGCUACGGACCAGAGGACAAUCACUUUGUGGCAGAGCUGACUUACAAUUAUGGCAUUGGAGAAUAUCGCCUGGGCAACGACUUCCUGGGCAUCACUCUGGUGUCCAGCCAGGCUGUGAGCAAUGCCAAGAAGAUGGGGUGGCCCCUCAAAGAAGUCACCUCUGGUGUCUUUGAAGCUGAAGCCCCAGGAGGAUACAAAUUCUACCUGGAAGACAAAGAACAGCCCAAGCAAGAUCCUGUGUGGAAGGUAACCCUGGGUGUCUCAAACCUGCAGAAGUCUGUGAGCUACUGGUCUGGUUUGCUUGGGAUGAAAAUCUAUGAGAAGGAUGAGGAGAAACAAAGGGCUUUGCUGGGCUAUGCUGAUAACCAGUGCAAGCUGGAGCUGAAGGCUGUUGGAGGAGCAGUGGACCACGGGACAGCGUUCGGCCGCAUCGCCUUCUCCUGUGCCAAGGAAGAGCUGCCAAGCAUUGAAGCCCUGAUGAAAAAGGAGAAUCAGAAAAUCUUGACGCCUCUGGUCAGCUUGGACACGCCUGGCAAAGCCACGGUGCAGGUGGUGAUUCUGGCUGAUCCUGAUGGCCACGAAAUCUGUUUUGUGGGGGAUGAAGCGUUCAGAGAGCUGUCCCAGGUGGACCCUAAUGGUGACAAGCUGUUGGAUGAUGCCAUGGCUGCAGACAACAGUGACAAGUGGUUUGCUGAGCACAACAUGAAGAAGGUUUCAGCUUAGCUGGAGUAAUGGCCUGUGCUGCUAUUCUGUGCCUUGGAGUUCUUCCAAGAAAGUGCCAAUCCUGGUUAAAGUGCUGCCUUCCUAAUCAGAAGGUGCUGGGAUUUCCUGUGGUGGGUUUUUUUGGGUUGAUUUAAGCUGAUGUCUCUGGCCUGCUGCUCUGUCCCUUUCACAUCUCAUCCAUCCAAAAAAAUGGGGGCCAUGCAGCAAAGGAGCAGCUGAGCCCUUGGCUUCAAAACAGGGACCAUCAGUCAAGAGAGAAUCACAUUUCUGUGUUGUUGUUAUGCUUCAAGGAAAGGUGGAUAGGUUAUUUUCUGAUUAAUUAAUUUCCUGAUUACUUUGCUUUAGCUGUCCUUCAUUUGCAGGCUAGAGAGGAGAUUUGGAGGCAGCUGUGGCUACUCCCCCUCUCCAGGGAGGUGUGGGGUGCAUCCCUUUAUUGGGAACAAAGAAAUGAUCUUGCCAAGCUGCGUGAAUACUCCAGUCCUUGUUAUUCCAAGGAGUUUCCCCAGCUUCCAAGGGGAAAUGUUCAGCCCGUGGUGUGUUUCUCACUGGGAUCCUGCUGUUGCUGGGUUUCCAGUCUUUCUCCAGGAGAUUUCCACGUUCCAGCAGGGAGCUGAGGCUGUGCUUUGGGGUUUGGAGCUGCACUGUCUGCUGAGGUGCCAGGGGGCAGCUUGAAAUAAGUUUUUCACUUAGCUGUUGGUGAGAAGCUGCCUUUGGAAAUAACAAUUCAGGGUUUUUUGUGUUGGAGUGAAGUUGCUUUGCUUUUGCUGGGAAUACAGGGAGUCAUUCCCAUCAUUGCUUGUGCCACGUAUGCUGCCUGACUGCUCGUUUCCUUGAUGAAAACCUUAAAUAAAAUCGUUUAAAUCAGGUUUUCAUCGCAAAA